GCGGGUGGCAGCGGGGGCGGGGCCUCACCAGGAAGUAGGAGGAGGACAACAAGCAAGAGGAAAGGGGCCUUUUGGUGGGAAGAAGAAACUCUUCAGGUGGCUCUGAUUUGAAUUCCUUGUCUGCACAGAUGGCUGUGACUCUACACACUGAUGUGGGAGAUAUUAAGAUAGAACUGUUCUGUGAACGGACACCUAAGGCUUGUGAAAAUUUUCUGGCUCUCUGUGCUAGUAAUUACUACAAUGGUUGUAUUUUCCAUCGGAAUAUCAAAGGCUUUAUGGUGCAGACAGGAGAUCCAUGUGGCUCUGGGAAAGGAGGAAAUAGCAUUUGGGGAAGAAAAUUUGAAGAUGAAUACAGUGAAUACUUAAAGCACAGUGUCCGUGGAGUUGUUUCUAUGGCAAAUAAUGGUCCAAAUACAAAUGGAUCUCAGUUCUUCAUCACCUAUGGCAAACAGCCACACCUGGACAUGAAAUACACUGUGUUUGGGAAGGUCAUUGAUGGUUUGGAUACUCUAGAUGAGCUGGAGAAACUGCCAGUAAAUGAAAAGACUUUUCGCCCAUUGAAUGAUGUUCAUAUUAAAGAUGUCACGAUGCAUGCCAAUCCUUUUGCGCAAUGACUGCUGUGUUCUUACCAUAGGUUUCUGAAAGGCUGCGGGUGGCCCUGAAAAGGCAGAUAGGCCCUUGCAUUCUCUCAUGGAAAGAGGGACUUUGCAAGACUUUUCUAAUUCCCACAUUGCACAGAUCAGAAAAGCCAAUUUUGAUUUGCUGCAUUUAUUUAUGAUAAAUAAAGCUGGAAAAAGCAUAAAAAUAAAUUUUUAACAUUUUUA